GUUACAUAAAGAAUUCAUAGGAAUAUUUCAUCGUCCUAAAAUUGUCCACUAUUGGGAAGUGUCCGCUAUUCAGAGUGUCCACUAUAGAGAGAUUUCACUGUAAUUGUGAGCCGUGUGCGAUAAUCGUGAACUCGCGAGCGGCUUUGAUGACUGUAAUAAUAUGCGCUGGCAUCAAUCAUGAUACACAUUUAUAAUGCUUUGUGUCGUACAGAGCAGCAAUGACCAUACAUAGAGUCGAGAGAGCUUUUUUGUUUUCUGCCGAUUCAUUUACCGAUUUCAUUAACUUCGUUAACGAUUCGACACGAUCGCGGGUCAUCAUUGCAAUAAUUUCUAAUUUACAGCUAGUUAUAAUCGAGUCGAUUAAUUUUCAUUAUAAACCAUGAUUCCCGUAUCUUUUUUAGUACAUUAACCGAUUUUUUACAAAACUUCCGCAAUGACGUAUACCCACGCUCUCGCGUAAGAUUAGAUUUGCUCCGUAGAGCGCACGAGAAAAAAAAAGUUGGAGGAAGCUUACAGUAUGCAUCGAGCUGUGCUAUCAGGCAUCGCUUUUCUAGGAAAAAAAAGAAGAAGAAAAGAAAAAUCGAAAUCUUCGCGCAUAACGAAACACUAAGUGCGCAAAGUAUGAGAAACGGAGAAAAAAAAUAGAAGAAGAGCUCGAGUGCGGCGAAACAUCUAACAGCCCAGCUCGCAGCUCCGCAGGCAGCAGCGGCACACGCUCGUUUGUGUAUCAUCGCGAAAGUAUCGCGGCAGAAAAUCAUCUCUCGAAGCUCGAUCGCGGCUCGCGCAGCGCAGCGGCUAAUUUAUUACAAAAACAAAAACAGUAUACGCACGUAGAGAGGCGAUCCGUGUAUGUGUGUAUGUGUACGAUCGGAGAGUAGGAGGAAAAAAAAAGAAGAACGCAAGAAGAAAAGAAAGUAUAUAAGUAGGCUAUAAGCGUUGGAGAUAAAGCUCGAGCUGCUGCUGCUGCAGCUGCCACACACACACACACACACAGCAUAGUUGUUAUCGGUUGCAAUGCGAAAAUUGGCACGUUCCACACCGAGUGCAGCGCAUCAUCAUCAUCGUCGUUGUCAGUCGUACAAAAGGCAUCCGCAGCACACACGCAUGUAUAAACACAACGACACUACACAAAGUUGAAUGCGCUUCUUCGUGUGCCUUAUUACUAUAUAUAUACAGCGAGUUAUUUUUUCUCACUCGGGUUAUAAUCGCAUUGUCAAUUUACUUUAACACGAUGUUUACAGAGCGCAAUCGGUAUUAUUAUUGACGCGUACCGGUAUUGGAUGCUGCGCGCAAGCUCGAAUCGUGCGCUUGAUUUUUUAACAAUAUCGCAAUCGGACUGAUUUUUCGCGUGCGUAUAAACGGUACAAUUGGUAAAUAAAAAGAAACACGAGAAGAGAGAAAGGAAGAAAGAAAGCAAGAAAGAAAUUAAUUACGAGGCAUUAGUUAUGCAAACGACGCAAUAAUGUAUGUGUUGAUUUAUUUUGACAUUUAGCGUGCGCGCAAGCUCCUUCUCUCUCUCUCUCUCUACUUAUUUGCAUGACGGUAUAUAUCUUUUGUUUGAUAAGGCCAAUUGCGAAGUUCGAUCGCUUUGGUGACUCGAAAAUUCUGUUAUACAUCGCAACAAAGAGCAGCUCUGGGGGCACGAUGCGAGAGAUUUGCACAUAGUAUAAUAGACAACGUCAUGGACUAAGGUUCUUUUUUCUUCAAUUUUUUUCCAUCGAUUAUCGAACUCAUCUUUUCUUUCGGAAAAUGCGAUCGCUAUUGUGCAUGUGAUAUUAUUUAUCUUGAAUUAACUUCGAAUAAGCGCGCGCGCUCGCAUACACAACGGAGAUAAGAUCGAGAAAGAAGAGAGAGAUUAUAAUUGGUAUAUUAUGAAAGAAAUAAAAAGAAAGAAAGAUAUUGGCAGCUCGAAACGAAAACGCGGAAGAAGCUCGUUAUAACGGGCGAAGAGCAUUUAUAAAGGACGUCGUGAAAAUAGAAAUGGGCAACGAAAAAAAAAGUUUGAUGCAAAGUGUAUGUAUAAGUGUGUAAUGUGUAGGCAUCGUACUCAUCUCAAUUGUUUCUUCCCCUUCCGGCUCUGUUUGUGCGCUGGUAUAAACUGCUCGAGGAGUGCAUGUAUAAAGUGACAGUUCAGCGUGCGGUACAUGGCAUAAUUGUAUCAUAACUCGAUAAAUGUACUGUCUUUAUAGCAUACGAUAAAGAUAGAGAAGAGUCCGCAGUCGCGCGAGUAAUCGAGUCUCUGAAAAAAGACGAAUAACGCAAUAAAGCAAUCAUGGAAGUGCUGAUACACGAGGCGAGCGGCGCCGCCAAGCUCGUUCGCACCAACGACCUCGACGAAUCCUGCGAGCAGCAACAACCUCUCGUCGUCGAUCGCCACGACAACAGUGCGACCAUCGUCCCUAUCUAUCAGAGCCAACCCUCCACCAGCAACGGCAGCGGCAGCAACAGUGGCAGCGGCAGCCGAAGCAUCAGCAGUCGCAGCAGCCAGGGUGGCCAGGGCGAGGAGAGCACGGGCGGCGACACGGGCAGCCAGAGCACCGGCCCCCUGUCCAACACGAAAAACGGCGAGAACAUGGACAUCUGCUUCGAGCGCAUCACCUACAACGUCUCGCUGGGCUGGCGCGGCGGCACCAAGACGAUUCUGCGCGGUCUGCACGGCCGACUGCCCGCGCGCCAACUCAUCGCCCUGAUGGGACCCUCGGGUGCUGGCAAGUCGUCGCUCCUCGACGUGCUCUCGGGCUAUCGCAUCACUGGCGUCGAGGGCAGCGUCUACGUCAACGGCCGGCCGCGAAAUCUCGAGGCCUUCAGGCGUUCCUCGGCCUACAUCACGCAGGACGAUCGACUGCAGCCGCUGCUCACCGUGCACGAGAACAUGCGCGUCUCGGCCGAUCUCAAGCUCGGCACGGACACGCCCAAGAGCGAGAAGAACACCAUAAUCAUGGAAAUCCUGACGACUCUCGGACUGUACGAGCACUUGAACACGCAGGCGGGCCGUCUGAGCGGCGGUCAGCGCAAGAGGCUGUCCAUCGCCCUCGAGCUCGUCAACAAUCCGACGGUUCUCUUCCUCGACGAGCCGACAACCGGUCUAGACAGCUCGUCGUGCACGCAAGUCUGCAACCUUCUAAAAUUAUUGGCGCGCCAAGGCAGAACGAUCAUAUGCACGAUUCACCAGCCGAGCGCCUCGCUCUUCCAGCUCUUCGAUCUGGUCUACGUGCUGGCCGCCGGCGAGUGCCUCUAUCAGGGCUCGACGGCCAAUCUCGUGCCCUACCUGGCCAAUCUCAAGAUGCCCUGCCCGGUGUAUCACAAUCCCGCGGAUUACAUAAUCGAGCUGGCUUGCGGCGAGUACGGCCACGAGAGCGUCAGGACACUGGUGGAGGGAGCUCAGAACGGAGUUAGUCUCAAAUGGUUCGACAAUCCCGAUGAGCUUCUGGACAACGAGUCUCUCAGAAGUAAGAUGAGCGAUUUUUUUUUAAAUUCUUAUCCAAUUUUCCAAUUAAAAUUAAAAAAAAAAUCGUGUCGAGCAGAAAAGUAUCCCCUGAAAAGCAACAAAGAGCAAAAGCAAGGAGCCCAGGCGACGAGUCAGAGUCACCAACUGAAAGUAUUAAUGCAGCGAGGCUGGAUCAAAGUCAAGAGAGAUACCACUCUGACGUAUCUUCGAAUGUUGGUCAACAUAUUGACGGGCAUGAUGCUGGGCUCGCUGUUCAUCGGGGCUGGCAACGACGCCACUCGCAUCCAUCAGAAUUACAAUCUGUUGUUCGGUUGCCUCAUUCAUCAUAUGAUGUCCACGCAGAUGCUGACUGUGCUGACGUUCCCGCAGGAGAUGAACAUACUAAAGAAGGAGCACUUCAAUCGCUGGUACAGCCUUAAGGCCUACUACACGUCGAUCACGCUGCUCGACAUACCCGUGAGCGUCGUCAGCUGCUUCUUCUUCUCGGUCGUCAUCUACUUCAUGUCGGAUCAGCCGCACGAGAACAACUGGCGAUUCCCCAUGUUCUUCGUCACGAGUCUGUUCGUCGUGUUCGUCGCCCAGAGCUUCGGCCUCAUGAUCGGCGCCUGCUGCGACGUCGUCAACGGCACCUUCCUGGCGCCGACCCUGUCCGUGCCCAUGAUGAUGUUCGCCGGCUUCGGCGUCAUGAUAUCCGAUCUACCGGCCUAUCUGCACUGGGGCAGCUAUAUCAGUUAUCUGAGAUACGGCCUCGAAGGCUACGUCAACGCCAUAUACGGAUUGAAUCGACCUGCCUUGAAUUGCGUCGACGUAGACCCAGAAGGCCCAGGUAUCGAUUUUUGCUUCUACAAGGAACCGAAAAAGUUCGUGAACGACGUCGUGGGAAUGUCGGAAAAUCAGUUCUGGAACGACAUGAUCUGCUUGACCAUCAUUCUCAUCGCCUUGAGGUUAAUCGCCUUUGUCCUGCUCCGUUGGAAGCUCAUGUCGACCAGAUAG